AUGCCCGGUGGAUACAAAGGUGAAUGUGGGGACGAUGUGGACCCAAUGCCCUUCCUGGCACCUCCUGAAAAGGAGAGGAUCGAAGCGAUGAACAAGCCCUAUGACAUCAAGAGGUCUUGCUGGGUCAAAGACGAGAAGGAGGGCUUUGUGGCUGGGGAGAUCCAGUCUGAACAGGGAGACCAAGUCACCGUGAAGACUGUCACCAACCAGACCCUCACCAUGAAAAAGGAUGAUAUCCAGCAGAUGAACCCACCCAAAUUCUACCAGGCCAGUGACAUGGCAGACAUGACCUUUUUGAAUGAGGCCAGUGUCCUGGACAAUCUGCGCCAGCGCUACACCAACAUGAGGAUCUAUACCUACUCGGGCUUGUUCUGCGUGACCGUCAACCCCUACCGGUGGCUGCCCAUUUACGGCGCCCGAGUGGCCAACAUGUACAAGGGCAAAAAGCGCACAGAGAUGCCUCCCCACCUCUUCUCCAUCUCAGACAAUGCCUACCACGACAUGCUCAUGGACCGUGAAAAUCAGUCUAUGCUAAUCACUGGAGAAUCUGGUGCUGGCAAGACUGAGAACACAAAGAAGGUCAUCCAGUACUUUGCCAAUAUCGGAGGAACUGGCAAACAGGCCUCUGAUGGGAAGGGGUCCUUGGAGGAUCAAAUCAUCCAGGCGAACCCAGUGCUGGAGGCUUUUGGGAACGCCAAGACCACCAGGAACAACAACUCCUCUCGCUUCGGCAAGUUUAUCCGGAUCCAUUUCGGAACGACAGGCAAACUGGCUGGAGCUGACAUCGAGAGCUAUCUCUUAGAGAAAUCUCGUGUCAUCUCACAGCAAGCAGCCGAGAGGGGCUACCACAUUUUCUACCAGAUUCUCUCUAACAAGAAACCUGAGCUUAUUGAGAGUUUGCUGCUGGUCCCCAACCCUAAGGAGUACUGCUGGGUGAGCCAGGGCGUCACCAUGGUGGAUAACAUGGACGACGGGGAGGAGCUGCAGAUCACAGACGUUGCCUUUGACGUGCUGGGCUUCAGCGCCGAGGAGAAGAUCGGUGUUUAUAAGUUGACUGGGGGCAUCAUGCACUUUGGCAACAUGAAGUUUAAACAGAAGCCCAGAGAGGAGCAAGCUGAAGUGGAUACCACCGAGGUGGCUGACAAAGUCGCCCACCUCAUGGGUCUCAAUUCCGGGGAACUCCAGAAGGGUAUUACCAGACCCCGGGUCAAAGUAGGCAAUGAGUUUGUGCAAAAGGGUCAGAACAUGGAACAGUGCAACAACUCCAUCGGUGCACUGGGCAAGGCCGUCUACGACAAGAUGUUCAAGUGGCUGGUGGUCAGAAUCAACAAGACCCUGGACACCAAGAUGCAGAGGCAAUUCUUCAUCGGAGUGCUAGACAUUGCCGGCUUCGAGAUCUUUGAGUUCAACAGCUUCGAGCAGCUGUGCAUCAACUUCACCAACGAGAAGCUGCAGCAAUUCUUUAACCACCACAUGUUCGUGCUGGAGCAGGAGGAGUACAAGAGAGAGGGCAUCGAGUGGGUCUUCAUAGACUUUGGCCUUGACCUGCAGGCCUGCAUCGACCUCCUAGAAAAGCCCAUGGGUAUCUUCUCCAUCUUGGAGGAACAGUGUGUCUUCCCCAAGGCCACUGAUGCCACGUUCAAGGCGGCUCUGUAUGACAACCACCUGGGCAAGUCCAGCAACUUCCUCAAACCCAAGGGAGGAGGCAAGGGCAAGGUGCCCGAGGCCCACUUUGAGCUCAUCCACUAUGCAGGCACUGUGGGUUACAACAUCACAGGCUGGCUGGAGAAGAACAAAGAUCCCCUGAAUGAAACAGUGGUGGGCUUGUUCCAGAAAUCUACCCUAGGGAUCCUCGCCCUUCUCUUCAAAGAAGAGGAGGCUCCAGCUGGAGGCAAGAAGCAGAAGAGAGGCUCCUCCUUCAUGACGGUCUCCAACUUCUACAGGGAGCAGUUGAACAAGCUGAUGACCACCCUCCACAGCACCGCCCCCCAUUUUGUCCGCUGUAUUGUCCCCAAUGAGUUCAAGCAAUCAGGUGUGGUGGAUGCCCACCUGAUCAUGCACCAGCUGGCUUGCAACGGAGUCCUGGAAGGCAUUCGUAUUUGCAGGAAGGGCUUCCCAAACAGGCUGCAAUACCCAGAGUUUAAACAGAGGUAUCAAGUGCUGAACCCCAACGUGAUUCCUCAGGGGUUCGUAGACAACAAGAAGGCCUCAGAGCUGCUGCUUGGGUCCAUUGGCCUGGAUGUAAAUGAAUACAAAAUCGGACAUACCAAGGUGUUCUUCCGAGCAGGGAUCCUGGCCAAACUUGAGGACAUGCGGGAUGACCGUCUGGCUAAAAUCAUGACGAUGUUACAGUGUCGGCUCCGGGGUUUCCUGAUGAGGGUUGAGUUCAAGAAGAUGCUGGAACGAAGAAUUGGCCUGAAAGUCAUCCAGCGGAACACACGCAAGUUUCUGGAGCUGCGUUUCUGGGGCUGGUGGAAGCUCUACAACAAGGUCAAGCCACUUCUGAAUGUGGCACGGCAAGAGGAGGAGAUGAAGGCCAAGGAGGAGGAGCUGAGGAAUGCCAUGUCCAAAACACAAGAGCUGCUAAAUAAGGUCAAGGAAAUGGAAGAGAAGACGGCCACGCUCAGCCAGGAGAAGAAAGACCUCACCAUCCAGCUGCAGGCCGAGCAAGAGAACCUGAUGGACGCCGAGGAGCGCCUGACCCAGAUGAUGAAGACCAAAAUGGAUCUGGAGAGCCAGAUCUCGGACAUGCGGGAGCGGCUGGAGGAAGAGGAGGGCACGGCUGCUUCCCUAAGUGCCACCAAGCGCAAGCUGGAGGGGGAGCUGAGCGACCUGAAGCGUGACCUGGAGGGCCUUGAGACCACGCUGGCCAAGACGGAAAAGGAGAAGCAGGCCCUGGAUCACAAGGUCCGCACCCUGACUGGGGACCUCUCGCUCCGUGAAGACUCCAUCGCCAAGCUCCAGAAGGAGAAGAGGGCCCUGGAGGAGCUGCACCAGAAAACUCUCGAUGACCUGCAAGCUGAGGAGGACAAGGUCAACCACCUGACCAAGAGCAACAGCAAGCUCAACACUCAGAUCCACGAGCUGGAGGAUAACUGGGAACAGGAAAAGAAAAUCCGGGCAGAGGUAGAAAAGGCUCGUCGGAAAGCUGAGAGUGACUUGAAGAUGACCAUUGACAAUCUCAACGAGAUGGAGCGAUCCAAGCUAGAUCUCGAGGAAGUGGUGAAAAAGAGAGAUAUGGAAAUCAAUUCUGUCAACUCUAAAUAUGAGGAUGAGCAGUCUUUGAAUUCCACUCUGCAGCGGAAACUAAAGGAACACCAGGCCCGAAUCGAGGAGCUGGAGGAAGAACUAGAAGCUGAGAGGGCAAUGAGAGCCAAGGUGGAGAAACAACGCAGCGACCUGUCCCGGGACCUCGAAGAUCUCAGUGACAGGCUGGAAGAGGCUGGGGGAGCCACGUCUGCUCAGAUUGAGCAGAACCGUAAACGGGAGGCUGAGCUCCUGAAGCUGCGGCGGGAGCUGGAGGAGGCGGCCCUGCAGAGCGAGGCAACAGCCUCCACGCUGCGCAAGAAGCACACGGACUCAAUGGCUGAGCUGACGGAGCACGUGGAGAACCUGCAGAGGGUCAAGUCCAAGCUGGAGAAGGACAAGCAGGUCAUGAAGGUCGAGAUUGAUGACCUCAAUGCCAGUGUGGAGACUAUACAGAAGUCCAAGAUGAAUGCUGAAGCCCACGUCCGAAAGCUGGAAGAUAACCUAGCAGAAGCCAACGCCAAGGUGGCUGAGCUGGAACGAAACCAGGCAGAAAUCAACGCCAUCAGGACCCGCCUCCAAGCUGAAAAUAGUGAACUGAGCCGGGAAUAUGAAGAAUCCCAGAGCCGGCUCAAUCAAAUCCUGCGGAUAAAGACAUCACUGACGUCGCAGGUGGAUGAUUACAAGAGACAACUGGAUGAAGAAUCCAAGUCUCGCAGCAUAGCCGUGGUGAGUCUUGCCAACACCAAGCACGACCUAGACCUAGUGAAGGAGCAGCUGGAGGAGGAGCAGGGAGGCAAGUCGGAGCUGCAGCGCCUCGUAUCCAAACUCAACACUGAGGUGACCACCUGGAGGACCAAGUAUGAGACUGAUGCCAUCCAGAGGACUGAGGAGUUGGAGGAGACCAAGAGAAAACUAGCUGCCAGGCUCCAGGAAGCAGAAGAGGCAGCUGAAGCUGCCCAGGCCCGGGCCGCCUCCCUCGAGAAAAAUAAACAGAGACUCCAGGCAGAAGUUGAGGACCUCACCAUAGACUUGGAGAAGGCCAAUGCUGCAGCUGCUGCCCUGGACAAGAAGCAGCGGCUCUUUGACAAGAUGCUGGCUGAGUGGCAGCAGAAGUGCGAGGAACUACAGGUGGAGGUGGACAGCUCGCAGAAGGAGUGCCGCAUGUACAUGACAGAGAGCUUCAAGAUCAAGACCGCCUACGAGGAGUCCCUGGAGCACCUUGAGUCAGUGAAGAAGGAGAACAAGACCCUGCAGGAGGAGAUAAAGGAACUGAUUGAUCAGCUGGGCGAGGGAGGACGGAGUGUGCACGAGCUGCAGAAGUUGAAGAAAAAAUUGGAGAUUGAGAAGGAGGAACUCCAGGUGGCCCUGGAAGAAGCUGAGUCUUCCCUGGAGGUUGAAGAGAGCAAGGUGAUUCGAAUUCAGCUGGAACUGGCUCAGGUUAAAGCUGACAUCGACCGGAGAAUUCACGAGAAAGAAGAGGAAUUUGAAGCUACAAGGAAGAACCACCAGCGGGCAAUCGAGUCCUUGCAGGCCAGCCUGGAGGCAGAGACCAAGGGUCGGGCAGAGGCACUUCGGCUCAAGAAGAAGAUGGAGACUGACCUGAAUGAGAUGGAAAUCCAGCUGGACCAUGCCAACAGGAACAACAGCGAACUUGUGAAGACACUGAAAAGGCUGCAACAGCAAAUCAAGGACUUGCAGGUCCAGAUGGAUGAGGAUGCCAGGCAGCAUGAGGAGCUGCGGGAGCAGUACAACCUGCAGGAGCGGCGCCUGAGCCUGUUGCAGACGGAGCUGGAGGAGGUGCGCUCGGCCCUGGAGGGCAGCGAGCGCUCCCGCAAGCUGCUGGAACAGGAAGUGGUGGAGAUCACAGAACGGCACAACGAGGUCAACGUUCAGAACCAAAGCCUCCUAGUGGUCAAGCGCAAGCUGGAGUCGGAUGUCCAGCGCAUCUCCAACGAGCAUGAAGAGCUCAUCAGUGAGUUCCGCUCGGCUGACGAGAGGGCCAAGAAAGCCAUGACUGACGCUGCCCGAAUGGCAGAAGAACUCCGUCAAGAACAGGACCACUGCAUGCACCUGGAGAAAAUCAAGAAGAACUAUGAGAUCACCAUUAAAGACUUGCAGGCCAAGAUGGAGGAGGCAGAGCAGCUGGCUCUGAAAGGAGGGAAGCGCACGAUCAUGAAGCUGGAAUCCAGGAUCAAGGAACUGGAGACAGAGCUGGAUGGCGAGCAGAAACAGCAUGUGGAGACAGUCAAGACGCUGAGGAAGAAUGAGCGCCGCCUCAAGGAGCUGGUCUUCCAGACAGAGGAGGACCACAAGACCAACCAGCGCAUGCAGGAGCUGGUGGAGAAGCUGCAGAACAAGCUGAAGGUCUACAAGCGGCAGAUCGAAGAGGCGGAGGAGCAGGCCAACCAGACCUUGGCUCGCUACAGGAAGACGGUGCAUGAACUAGAUGAUGCUGAGGAGAGGGCCGGCAUGGCGGAGACCGCCCUGAACAAGCUGCGCACCAGACACCGCGUGGCUGGCAAAGGCAUCACUUCUGUGGAGAUCAUCCAGGUGUCCAAGACAGGCUCCUCCAAAACCCUUUCUGAGUGAGGGUCUCUGUCCCAGCCCACAGCCGGGUGAUUACAGAUCUCAACAGCAGACCUCUGAGGAGAAAAAUAUAUGAAAAUGGAAAACUGGGUCUAUCCUAAGAAUGUUUACUAUGCAAAGGAAAGUGCAAGCCAGAAAGAGACAAGUGCUAGAGAAUGAAGAUAACUGUGGAAGGAAAUGGGUUUGGGAAUGUAUACACCCAACCAUUAGAGGAAUUGAAAUUAGCAUGGCUUCUCUGAGACUGUGUCAAGCUGUGUAAGCACUUGGGUAACAGUGGUGGAAGGUCUGUUUUCGUUGAGAUCUUAUAUAUUCAUGUCAAGGACGGAAUAUGUAAUGUGUGACCUGGCUGUUUUUUCUCUAGAAAUAAUUCCUCACAUGGACAAUUUUAAGCCUUGUCUCAAUGCAAUUUACAUAAAAGAAAUAUGAAAAAUAUACCAACUAGAGAUUGUCUUUAUUUGUCUAAGACUUCCAAAUCCAAAGGCAAUUUUUACAACAUAUCAGAGUUCUGUUGCAUCCGUAUAUCCUAAUUCACAGGCUUGUUUCUACUGGAAACCAUGAAAACCAUGAGUCUUGGUGAGGUUCUUUGCAAAUUUUGAAAGGGUAUAUCAGUGAUAUAAAGACAAUCUUGGUUUCAUAAAGCUCAGGAAGUUAUGGAAUCCCCUAUAAAGAGAUGUUAAGAUCCAUCCAGGCUAACAACCCACAAGGCCCCCAAGUAAUCCACCUCAGCGACUCCCACAAUGUUUAGACAUGGGCAGGUCAGCUCCAUGCAGGCAGGUGGUUUAGUGUUUUUUUACUCACUGCUGCAUUCUUAGCAACUAGAGAGUGCCACGCCUAAAGUAGGCACACGGUAACUAUGUGCAGAAUGACUGAUGGAGAAUGAGCUGCCUCUAAGACAUUGCCAGAAAGUUCUUCCUUAAAUCUCCCUGCUCCCAGAGGUAUCCACUUGCUAACCCUGGUUUUAAUACCCAAGACUCUGCAGAACCACCUUAAUGGAAGACAGUUCUCAUGGUCCUUUCAGGUUUUCUCUUCUCCAGACUGAAUAUUCCUGGGUUGUUCAACCUUUCCAAGUGUGGCAGGGUUUCCACUGUCACCUUCUAACACUCCUCAACCCUGUUCCUCUCCUCACUUUCCUAGUCUUCAGAGUGCAGGGGUGGAGCGGGCAGUACUAUGAGGGCUCCUUGCCAGUUCACAGCCCUCAGAACACACCUUUCUUCAGCUCCCUGGAAACGGUGUCUUCCCUUUGACUAUUAGCACUCUGACUGCUCUCCAAUCCAUUGGAAAAAGAAGUCAUUGUUUGGGCUGAUAGAGGAAGGGGAUAGUCAUAUUCCGUUGGUGGAGCCUUCUCCAUCUUUACAUAAGCCCAUAUCACCUUUAUGAUGGUUCUAAACUUGGCUCUCUCUAGGCAGCUCCAGAGGGAGCUUUGUCUGGUUUCUUCUGAGCAAAUGGAUAAAAUGUGAAGAUACUGCCCUCUGGUGGCAGUGUCUCCAACUGCUGUGUGUGAAUUUCCUGCGAGACACCAAAUCACAGAAUUUUAGAAUUACAUUAGAAUUUUAGAGCUCGAAAGGACAUUCAGAGGGUGUCCAGUCCAAUUCUCAACCAGUUGGGGAUUCCCCUCCAUAACAUCCCUUGAAAAAAUGGUAAUCCAACUUGUACCCAAACCCUUUCAGUGAAAAAAAGGCAGCCCAUUUCAAUUUUGACAAUCAUGGUUCAAACGUCCCAAAUAACAUUGAACCAGAAUAUGUCUCCCUACAUUUUGAUCUAGUAUUCACAUCUGUAAUUACAUAAAAAAAUAAGUCUAAUUCUUAUACUUUAAAGUCAGACAGAUAUGAGUUCCCCUUUCCCAACAGUAUGAUCUUGGGCAAUUUAACUUAUCUCAACUAUUAAAUGAGGAAUAACAGCAUCUGCCUCAAAGGAAUGUGAAGUUUAAACAAUAUAAUUCGGCAUAGAGCCUAUUAUGCAUGACAUCUGGACUCGUCAAGAUUCUUCUAGCAUUCUGUAGAACUUCAACACUUGAGCUCUUGCUGGAGAAAUGCAAAGGGCAUUCCAUGUUUGAGACCUCAUCAUUGUUUCCUGAAUAUUCCACCCUGUAGUCUCCCCAUACACAGAGAAUUCCAGAGAAGCUCCUCACUUUGUGGGGGGAAGGCGGAGAACGGGAGGGGAACAGCUCAGUGACUUGCCCAAGACCAUUCAGUUAACAGCAGAGCUACAAAGUCUUUGUAGCAUGAGAUGAAGUUUCUAAUCCAGUAUUUAUAAAACAAUGGACUUCACUUAGUCUCAUAUGCUGGUUUCGCCUAAGGACAUGUAACUUCAGAAUAGCAUCUAGGCCUAAAGUGAUACAAUCUAUAGCCUUGCAAAAAACAUUAGUUGGUAUCCACAAUAAUUGCAAUCAGGGCACUGGCACCAUGUUCUACAGAGUAAAUGGAACAAAGACAAUUUGAAUGCUUCUGCUAAAUGUUUGGACUAGCUUUCAAGGCUACUAAAUUUUGAAUCACUGAUUGUAUUAACUGCAUUUUCUUAUUUUCUAUAUUCUUGAUGCUCCAGAAUCUGGGGCCUCCCUGACUGAGGAGACACUGCCUCUCCCAGGGGUAGCCAAUUCUUCGCGACAACAAAGAGCUUUUAUACAAAGACUAACCAAUCCAGAGCCCAUACUCUGAACCACCUUCUCUGGUGUCUCUUAUACUCUAGGGAGGCAAUAUUCCCCUGCCCUAUCACCCAGAGCCAGAUACCAGACAACUAGGGACAGCCCUUAUGCCCCAGAGCCCACUGAAAUUAUUCAAACUAGCCAAUCCUAACCUGCUUACCCUGCUUUGCCAAAUUGAUUGAGCCACAGGAUGCCCAGAUAUUUGGUCAAACAUUAUUCUGGGUAUUUCUGUGAGGGUAUUUUUGGAUGAGAUUGGUGUUUUAAUCAGUAGACUGAGUAAAGCAGCUUGCACUCCAUAAUGUGGGUUGGGACACUGGGGGUAAGGCUGUAUUAGAAGAUGAACAUUCUUCCCAAGGAGUGGAGCCCAGUUUUGAGUCAUCUGAAUGGCCCAGAAAAAUCUCAAAUCCUAAAAUUAGAUUAAGGUGAUCCCACAUUGCUGACACCCUCAGGCACCUGGCAAAAUGAGAAUGGAAAUCUUAUCUGGGCAAAGAUACAAUCAUUUUAGGUCUCAAAUUAUUACCACACUAUUUUAAAAAUAAAAUGUUAGACACAACACUGAUAA